CUCGAGGGGCAACCCUCAAUAUAUCUGGUUACCGUGUCUUUGGGCUGCCUCCUUCUUCUGCUCUUGCUCCUUUUGGGGGUGGGGGCUAUGGGCACCGACUAGGGGUGCCAGGUUUGGGAAAACAGUGUUGCCAGGGUGUCCAGUGUGGAAGCAGCUGGACUUGACCGCUGGAACAUAUUCACCUUUCUGGCUUUUGAGGUGACUUGGGGGAAGUCGCCUAGUGGCUCCCCUGCCCUUGGCUUGACUAUGCUCAGGUGGUGGACCCAUUGGAGGUGAACCUGGACGUGAACUUGGAGAUGGACACCUCACCUCAUCCCCCUUCCUGACAGCACCAAUAGUCUUCCCCUGAACUUGCUCUUUCACUUCCAUAUGAAAUCUGAGGUUCAGACCAUUUUCCUUGGGGUACACAAUGGUGAGCUGACUCUGUUCCCUCUGUGCAUCACUCCUCGGAAAUAUGGAACACCGAUGCUCUCCCUGGCACCUCAGGCUCUGCCUUUGCCUUCACCCCCGCCCUCGCCUCUGAAGUCUAGGCUAUUAUUGGAAGAAGCAAGAUGGGAGAGAGCAGGGACCAUGGAGCUACCAAAGAGCAGAGCUUGGCUGUGGAAUCCUCUGCAGGACAGAUACUCUUUCUCUCUCCUCCCCACAAGAAAUGUUCUCUCUGGCAACAUGCCAGGUCAGAGCAGAGCUCCAAGCUUUUGUGUCUCAUCACAAAGAUGACCCUAUGGGACCCCCAGAUCCCCAGCCAUGUGCUCCCUCCCAUGGAAAAGUUUACUGUAGUGACUGACGCCAGGUCCCUUCAGAAGCUGCGUGAGGCCACCUAGAGCUGCCCACAUACACACCCCUACCUCAGGGAGCUGCACACACACUGGCAACCUGCUCGCACAGCAUUUAAUGUGCACACAGCACUGGCCAACACAGAUCUCAGAAGGACAGGCUUAUCCCAACUGGCACAGGGCAGCUCUGCUACACAUGAACCCUCCUAAGGGGGUGGGCAUUCACAGAUCCAACUGGGACACCACCCACACUCCCUCACAGACAACACCCCACACACCUCAGACAACACUUUCACACAAGCACCCAUACACCACAGACAACACCCUCACACAUCAAAGACAAUCCAGACUACACACAGCCACAGCACCCACUCACGUAGCACAGACAGCACCUUCACACACCAGACAGUACCCACACACCACAGACAAUACACAUUCCUUACACAAUACCCACACCUCACACACUACAGACAACACACAAUAAUUACAACCCACAGACAUUACACACAUCCCUCACAUACCACAGAUAAUGUCCACACCGAACACUCUACAGACAACAUACACCACAGACAGCACACACACCUCACAAACCACAGGUGAUGUGCACACACACACACACACACACACACACACACACACACACACACACACCCUUUCACAGAUCAGUUUUGCAUUCUUUUGUCUUGGACGAAGUUCAAGGGCUGGAAGAGUGGCAGACGGGUGUCAAGUUUGCCCCCUCUGGACUUCCCAGCAGACCCUUAUCUCUGCCGCAUACCUCACCUUUGGCCCCUCUUCCUUCCUCGUACUUUCAGGUGCCCUCCUUGCUGGGAAGCCCCUGGCUCCUCCGCCUCCCUCUCCACCUUUGGGAAAACACCCCUCUCUGGACCCACCUUUUCCCUUUCCCGACUACAGGGCCCACAAGAAGGCUUCAGCCUCAAAACAGGAAGCUGGGCCAUGCCCCAUGAGCAGGGGAGGGUGUGGAGCACAAGCUUCCUAAACCCCCACCCACAAGGCCUGCCAGGUCUGAGGAGGCUUCUUUGGACUCCACACUUAUCUUGGAGGCACAGCUGCAGACGGCACCCGCCUUCCUCCUGCCUGAUCCUGGCCUCCUAGCCUCCUCCAUCUUUAUCACCUGAAGCCAUGGGAAGCUGUUUGUCCUGGGACUCUUCCAACACAGCUAAUGACAGUUUCAGCAGCCUGGGCAACUUAACCGAUCACUGGGGGAUGAAUGAGUCAUUCUACGAUGACAUGCUGGACUAUGAUGACUUAGACCUGGGGGCAUCAGCACCCUGCCGCUCCUGUGCCCUGCUGGAUGCAUCCUCACUCCCCUUCUUCAUCGUGGCCAGCGUCCUGGGCAUCCUGGCCAGCGCCGCAGUGCUCUUGGAGCUCUUCAGACCACUAUCUGGCUGGAGGGUCCUUGCCGGCCGCCCCCUCCUGGCACAGCUGGCAGUGGGUUGCACCCUCUUCUGUGUGGUGUUGCCCCUCAUGGCUCCGGGCUUGGGUUUUGCCUUCUCCACCUCCCUGUGCCAAGUGGCCCAUUUGGGCUGGUACAGUGCAGCCUUCGCCCAGGCACUGCUGAUAGCACUCCUGGCCUGCCUGGGCCCCAAACUGGGUGCAGUCCAGACCCCCAGGCUCACUCUGGGGCUCCCCCUGGGACUCUGGCUAGUGGCCAUCCUGCUGGGGCUGCCAAUUGCCCUGUCCAGCAAGACCCCCCAAGGACACUGCGCUCUCAACCUGGCCACGGGCCCACUGUACGCCUUUCACGUGGUUACCUGCUUCACCAUCUUCCUCUUGCUGCCGCUGGGCCUACUGGGAGUCAAGGUGGUAAAGAAGGUACUGGGCCGGGGCCCAUGUCCCCAGGUGGAUGUUCUGUGGGUCUGGUUCUUGUUCUGGGGACCUCAUGGAGUGGUCCUGGGCAUGGAAACCCUGGUGAAGUUCCGGGUGGUGCUGCUGUCUGUGUGCUCCACCCAGCAGGCCCUGGACCUGCUGUUGCACCUGGCCCAGGCUCUGGCCAUCUUGCACUGUGUGGCCACCCCGAUGCUCCUGGCCUUCUACUGCCACCGGGCAACCCGCCCUGCCCCCCUGCCCAUCCCUGAGGGACCAACUUCCUACCUGGAGCCCCCUGCUGGUAAAUCCUAACCCCCUGCAGCCCCAAUUAAAAUCUAUGCUGUUCCCAUGAAGAAA